UGGUUUCUCUGCUAGUGUGAUCAUAGAGAAUGAGAAUAGAGAGUGCUGUCAAGAAAAUGGUCAAAAAAUUAUUAUUGUUUAUUAAUAAUUUAUUGAUAUAAAUUGAAGUGAAAACAACUAGAAAAAUAAACUUUCCAAUUAAUUAGUAUUACGAUAUUUGUGCGAUAAUUACUAGGUAUUCUUUUUAGGUAUUAAAUUACUGUUAUAGAGAUUCUAACCUCACAAUCCUGUUUGCAAUCAAAACAAACCCCCUUUUUCCCUACUAAAAAUGAGCGGAUUCAAUUAUUCCAACUUUACUGCGAAAAAGAUGAACGCGGUGCCGCCCCCGAGCAAUUUGGGCGCAUUUUCGGGGCCCAAAAGGCUCAACGCGGUGCCGCCGCCCAGUAAUUUGGGCGCUGGGCCCAGGCAAGGCUUCAUACAGCCCUCGGGGCUGAACAAACAGGGCUACUCGACGAUGAAUGCCAUUAGUCAGAAUGCCAUGACCGCUUCUUGGGGCACCGGUAGUAGGAAAAGGGCUGUGACUGAAGACGAAUAUUUCGAUGUCGAAGAUGAAGAACAAGUGCCAGAACUGGCUUAUAUACCAGCACCAGACAGUCCUACUAGGUUAGAAAUGGACAAAAAGAAACAAGAAGAAGUAGAAGAUGACGACCCCCUUGACGCUUUUAUGGCCAGCAUUGAAGCCGAGGUUAAAAAAGAAACUCACAAAGCUGCAGUUGUAAUAAAGGACGAGCAACAACCGCAAGCGGUAAGAAACGACUUGGAAGAAGAAGACGACGAAGAAUCUUAUUACAGGUACAUGGAAGAAAAUCCAAACGCGGGCCUGUUGCCUGUAGAAGAAGACGGCACCGAAAUCGAAUACGAUGAAGAUGGCAAUCCCAUACCCCCUGACAAGAAAAGGAUAAUCGAUCCUCUACCUCCAAUAGAUCACUCUUUAAUCGAAUACCAUCCCUUUCAGAAAAACUUUUACAUCGAACACCCUGAAAUUCAAAUGUUGUCAAACGAAAAAGUCAUUGAAUUGAAACACACUUACGAUUUAACCGUGACUGGGGCUAACAUCCCCAAACCGGUAGCUUCUUUUGCUCAUUUCGGUUUUGACGAUAAACUUUUAAAAACAAUAAUUAAGGCUGAGUAUACUUCGCCCACUCCUAUUCAAGCUCAAGCUGUCCCAGCUGCUAUGAUGGGCCGAGAUGUUUUAGGUAUUGCACAAACAGGUAGUGGAAAAACGGCUGCAUUUUUGUGGCCUUUACUCAAACACGUAUCAGUGCAAAGGCCUGUGGAAGAGGGCGAAGGCCCAAUAGCCUUGAUUCUAGCACCCACCCGAGAAUUGGCAAUCCAAAUUUAUAUGGAGGCCAAAAAGUUUGCCAAAGUUUACGAUUUGAGAGUCAUUUGCGCCUAUGGCGGCGGAUCAAAGUGGGAACAGAGCAAGGCGUUAAAAGAAGGCGGGGAAAUUCUAGUGGCCACUCCAGGCCGUAUCAUUGACCAUGUUAAAGGGGGCGCCACCAAUUUGCAAAGGGUCACGUUUUUAGUUUUGGAUGAAGCCGAUAGAAUGUUCGAGUUGGGGUUCGAGCCUCAAGUGCGUUCGGUUUGCAAUCACGUCAGGCCUGAUCGACAAACUUUACUUUUUUCUGCUACGUUUAAGAAGAAAAUCGAAAGGUUGGCCAAAGAUGCUUUGGAUGAUCCUAUUAGGAUUUCACAAGGUGUUACUGGACAAGCAAACGAAGAUGUGACUCAAUACGCAUUACUUUUGCCCAGUCAAGAGUCGAAACGUAGUUGGUUGUUCAAUAAGCUGGUUGAAUUAUUGUCGGCAGGCUCAGUGUUAAUUUUUGUAACAAAGAAACUAGACGCGGAGCAAGUAGCCAAAGACUUACUAAUCAAAGAGUUUGAUUGUUUGCUUUUACACGGGGACAUGGAACAAGCUGAACGAAACAAAGUAAUUACGGCCUUCAAAAAGCAACAAGUACCUCUAUUAGUGGCCACAGAUGUUGCCGCAAGAGGCUUAGACAUACCACACGUCCGGACUGUAAUAAAUUUCGAUUUGGCUCGCGAUAUCGACACUCACACUCACAGAAUAGGUAGGACAGGUCGGGCGGGUACUCACGGUACCGCAUACACGUUGCUCACCUACAAAGACAAAGAGUUCGCCGGUCACAUAGUGAAAAAUUUGGAAGCGGCCAAGCAAGCAGUACCUCAAGACGUUUUAGAUUUGGCUCUACAAAGUUCCUGGUUCAAAAGUCAGCGUAAUAGAAAGAAAGGGCAACAAUCGUCUAGUGGGGUUGGCGGUAUAGGGUUUGGGUUUAAGGAGAGUGCCAGUUCUAUGCGCGGGUUUGUUGCCAGUUCUUCUGGGAAUCUUUCUACCAGUGCUGCACCUAAAGGGCCUGUUACUGAUCGAUUGACAGCUAUGAAGGAGGCUUUUAAAUCACAAUAUCAGACUCAGUUUACUGCAAGUGCUGAUAGCCCGCCGCCUCCUCCACCUCCAGUCCAAUCCAGGAAAAAAAAGAGCCGAUGGGAGUAAUCUAGUCCCAUCAUUUAGACACUAAAACUAAUUUAAAUUUAGCUCUUAGUAAGGUUAUUUGUUUAUUCGUACCCAUUUCAAAUCCAAUAAAAAUUAAGCUAAUAAUUGAAACUCGAUAUUUUUUAUUUAAAAUAAUUUAUUUAUAGUAACACCCUUGUAAAACAAAAUUAAUUUAAAAGGCACGUAUCACAGUAAAAAAGUGUUAAUUUAGAAUAAAAAAUAACAAAAUCAACAAGGGGAAUGUUUCAUUGUGACAAAUAUAAGUUUAUUUAUCAAUCGCCCAAACUAAGGGUUCAUCACUUUUCUUCUUCUUCCGCUGUUUCAUUUUCAAGGGAUAACUCUCCCUUCGUUGAGGCGGUUUAUAAACUGGCCCGUUAUCCUUAGAACUAACAUUUAUGUCACUUAAAUCUACAGUAUUUUGGCUUAAAUUUCUAUAUAAUCCUACGUUUUGAAACCUUCUAGGGCUGUUUCUGUUACUAUAAUUUUUGUCAAAAUGAUCCAAAUUCGUAUCGCAAGCUUCAGCUAAAGGAUUUAAUUCUAUGUAGCUGUCAACUUGCCGCUUAAACCUUUCAGUACUAUAUUUAUACGACUUGUCAUAGUAAUUUUGAAAAGUAAUUUCUUGAGAGACACAUUGCAUUGCAAUAUAAGUGUGUACAAGUAAAAGAGGAAACCUGCUGUUCCAAUAACUUGUAAAAUCUUCAGGGAUUUCUCCAAGAGACUCUUGAGCUUCUUUUGUGAGCUCUCGAAAGUGAUGUUUCUUAUUUCUAAGAGCUCUUAAAAGGUCUCUAACGCUGUCCCCUUUAUAAGUACGAUAUUUUCUCAAAUCUUUGGCAACUUCUUCAUGAAUAUGCAACCUCCAAUCGUUUUUAACUAUCGGUUUACAAUUAUGCUCAAGCUUUAAUAAAACUGAAUCAUUAGGUUCAGCCUUUUCAACUCUAUCGCUGACAUCUUGAAAAAAGCCUAAAAUCUUUUGACAACUCCAAAACAUUGGAUGUCUUAAAACUGCAUUACAACUAGGCCUAGUAUCAGGCCUAGAUGACAAUAAAGCCUCUAUGAGCGGUUUUUGAAGCUCCUUCUCCCAAUCCAAGCCUUCUAGCUGGUCCAAAUUAUACUCCCCAAGUAAAAUAUUAGCUUGCCUUCGCAAAACAUCUCCAAAAGGAUGAGCCCCUUUGGAAAGAACAUAAUAAUAAAGACACCCAAGUGAAAACAAGUCAACAGCAGCAGUUGUACGUCCAGAACCGCUAAUCAUUUCAGGCGCAAUCCAACCAUCAGUUCCAGUAACUCCGGACCUGCGCGAAAACGAAUCCUUGCCAAACUGCAACUUUUUGCACAAACCAAAAUCUGAAAUCAUAACUUUUACUUGGCCUUUAGCAUUUGGCACUGAGAUAAGGACAUUGUGGGGUUUGAUGUCUCUAUGUACGAUGUCAAGAGAGUGCAAAUGGGCCAAUCCUGAUGUAGCUUGGUACAAAAUCUCUAGAGGUUUUAUGGCGGUUGUAUCGCAUUUGCCUUGCAUGUAUUCGGUCAGGGUUGCCUGGCAGAGUUCCAGGGCUAUGUAGCGGAACAUUCGGUCUUGUUCCAUACAAUAGUA